AUGUGUUCCUUUCUUUGCUACUUUGGGACUUUGGGUUGCGCCGUGGUCUUGGCGACCGGCCUGAAGACCACGGCCAACAAGUUCUACGCGGGGACGUGGACUUGUAAGUUUCCUGUGGCCCGAUCGGACUUCAGCGUGCUGGAGAAAGGCGAGAAGUUCGUCAACGAGGCGGCGCAGAUUGCAGCCGGCUGUAUCUUGCAGGUGGACAACUGCACUCUGUUGAAGCGCGGGGAGAACAACAUCGAGGUGAGAAGCUUCGCGCUCUGGACACGAGCCGUGGAGCUGCCAUCUCUGUGCCUUGGUGCCCUUCGCUUGGCGCAGGAGGUCGAGGUUGCGACGAAUACCGCCUGGCUGGUGUCUGUGGUUGGUGACCCCGUCUACAUCCCAUGCAAGCACUGCGGCACGAAGGUCAAUCCGGACACAGGCAAGUGCAAGCGAGCGGACGCCGCUGCUUGUGCGAGUGAGCCCGACAGCGCUGCCCGCAUGUUGGCAGCAGCGCACAUUGCAGACUGGAGCGGCCAAGUGGAGAACGUCUUGAUUGGCAGCGAGCACUUGGCGGUGCUGGCGAAGGUGGGUGACGAGCAGCAGGUCGCAAAGCUGAUCGAAGAGAAGGGCGCGCAGGUCGGAGAGCCAUCGGCGACGGUAACUCCACUCGACGCAACGCAGGCUCUGACUGCGACCCAGCAGUCGACCACAAUGGUCAAGAAGGUGGUCCGCAUCGACAAGCAGCGCCCAGAAGGCGCUGUGCUGCCAGUACGCGACCUGUACAAGGACAUCACCUGCUCUGACUUGGGCACUUUCUUUCAACGUGGAAGCGUGUUUGCCUCCUACAUUGCAACGCGCGCCUAUGCGCAGGACAAGCCGGACAUCAACGAGGUGGACAUCCAAGGACUGUGA